AUGGCCAGGGAGCAUAAGGCCUCUCUAGUGAAGACUCCAUUCACUGAUCAGAUUUACUAUGUCGACAGACCUAAAAAAUUUACUAUGCCAACCUUCAUUCAAUUCGAUGGCACGGGAGAUCCUUCCCGCCACCUCGAUCUGGCUCUGGGCAACGACAAUGCCGCAUUCAUAUGCAAAGUUUUCCCAACUAGUCUGAUAAGAGCCACGCUGGAGUGGUUCAAGAAUAGGCUACACAAGUCCAUCCCGAACUACAAAACUCUGUGCGCCAUGAUCCUAGCACAAUACUGUAGUAAUAAAAAGCAGAAAAAGAUUAUCGCUAGUCUCUUCACUAUAAGACAGAAGAGAGGAGAAACAUUACAAGACUUCCUAUCCAGAUAUAACAUGGCAGCUUUAGAAAUAGCAGAUUGUCACCCUGAGACUGCUAUAGAAACAUUCAAGAUCGGUAUGAUACAAGGGACUAAGUUCCAUGCCUCUUUAGUCAAAUAUUCUCCUCCGGACAUGCAGACUCUCAAUGCCAGGGCACAAAUCUACAUUCGGCUUAAGGAGAAUGUAACCCACCGAGUACAACAUGCCACCCUCGUCAAGGUAGAAAAUAAGCCUAAAAAAAAAGCUUCGAGUUCAAAAAGUCAAAAAAGUCAAUAUGCCUCAGUUCCAAUCGUCCAAAUACCUGAGAAAAGGCAGAAGACAAAAGAGAGGUUCACACCUCUUCGUACCACAUUUGCUCGGUUAUUCCAAGAGAACAAAGUGAGAUUUAUAACCGCUCAACCAAUGAGGCAACCCCUGGAGCAAGAGGAUAAAAGCAAACACUACGCCUACCAUAGGGAUUAUGGGCAUACAACCAAUGAUUGUAGAUCCCUUAGGCGACAGGUGGAAAAUUUGAUAACCAUAGGAGACCUAACAGACUAUCUCGGGCCAAGGAAGUAG